GAUUACCCGAUCUGGCCAUGCCAUGACAACAUCCACUUUAAUGACUCGGCCAGUGUGCAGCCUCUGGGCUCGUCAUCAAACUCACCAGACUUCAACUCGCCUUGCUACGUUUCCCGAAAUCUGGCUCAUCUGCUCACGACGGAUGAUUUGCCGAAAUCUGGGGACGAGCAUAAUGGUCUGGUGAUGGCUGUCUCAUAUAACAGGCAGAACCGUGGAAUUUUCGAAGGGCGUAUCGAUAAUUUGGUUGCUUCGCCGUCCGCCAAUCGUCCAGAAAAGCGAGAAAGACGGACUUUUCGGCCUUCGGAAGUCGUAGUCCCUAGGUCUUCGGAAGAUUUUACUCUCCCUACAUUUCAAGCUAAUAGACUCCCGAUCGCCUACUGUCCAAUAGAUCAGCCCCUCGAUACUCAUAUCCUUCGGAGGAGGCCUCCCAUUCUGUCAUCAGAUGUAGUAAUAAAUGCGACAGCGACAAUGUCGAAACAUCUGGUCCAUUUUUGCCUGCUCUACAUGCUCCUGCUGGUCUGA